CGUCGCAGCAAACGCAACGGAAGUAAUAAAAAAAAGAGAAAAAAAAAACUUAAAGCAACGAAAAAAAAAACAAAUAGUUAAACGAUAGAAGAUAGCAAAAUACAUUCAUAGAGGAAUAUUUGUGAGGGAAAAGCGAAAGUUUGCAGAGAGAGAAAAAAAGGCCCCAAGACGCCAGCGAACGUGUCUGCAGAGUCGAACGCCAGUUGGGCAGGGACAGCGACAGUCAUGCCACUGGCUGACUCCAACAAGGAUCUACGACAGCAGCAGCAGCAGUUGCAGCAUUUGCAGUUGCAGCAGCAGCAACAGCAGCAGCAACCCAACAACAAUGUAGCCCCGACAGCCGCCCCCCCACUGGAUAAUGCGUCACAUGCUGGCAGCCCCAGCGGCGGCAAUGGCAGCGGCGGCAACGGCAGUGGCGUCACAGGCAUGGGACUGCAGCUGCGGCAGCGCAUGCAGAUCACAUCCUCGGGGUGCAGCAGCCUGGCGGUUACACCCAUGGAGCAUACGCCCACCGAUGAGGAGAGUGGACCCGUGACAACGGUGACGUCAUCGCAGCGACGGCAGCAGCUGCAACAGGUGCAGCAAUCGGCACUACAAGCGGCACUCGAACAGCAUCACAUUUCACCCACAACAACAACAGCAGCAGCAGCAGGCGGAGCAGCAGGAUUAGGAACAACAGCAAAAGGCGGCGCCACAAAAGCGACAGAGGAAGCAGCAACAGGAGACGCGGAGACGUUAUGCCCACCACCGGAGCAAAUGGAGCUCAGCGACUCGGAGCACUCGUAUGGCGGAGGCAGUGGGGCGCCAGGCAGUGGCGGGGAAUGCGAGAACGAAUUCGAGCUGCGCGAAGUGGUCAAGGAGGGGCACGACAAGGCGGAUCCCUCGCAGUUCGAGCUGCUGCGCGUGCUCGGCGAGGGCAGCUUCGGGAAGGUGUUCCUUGUGCGCAAGAUCAUUGGCAAGGAUGCGGGCACGCUGUACGCGAUGAAGGUGCUCAAGAAGGCCACGCUAAAGGUGAAGGAUCGCGUGCGCAGCACCAACGAGCGCAAGAUCCUGGCCGAUGUGGGCCACGCGUUCAUUGUGCGGCUGCACUAUGCCUUCCAGACGCCCGGCAAGCUCUACCUGAUACUGGACUUUCUGCGCGGCGGGGAUCUGUUCACGCGCCUGUCCAAGGAGGUCAUGUUCACCGAGGAGGAUGUCAAGUUCUAUCUGGCCGAGCUGGCCCUGGCCAUGAAUCAUCUGCACACGCUGGGCAUCAUCUAUCGCGACCUCAAGCCCGAGAAUAUUCUGCUGGACGAGCACGGACACAUCGCGCUCACGGACUUUGGGCUCUCCAAGCAGCCACUCGAUGGCUCCAAGACGUACAGCUUCUGCGGCACCGUCGAGUACAUGGCCCCGGAGAUUGUCAAUCGCAAGGGGCACGACUUUGCCGCCGAUUGGUGGUCCUUCGGCGUUCUCAUGUACGAAAUGCUGACGGGGAAUCUGCCAUUUCACGGCCAGACGCGCCAGGAGACCAUGAAUCAGAUUCUGCGCUCAAAGCUGGGCAUGCCCGAGAACCUGUCGCCGGAGGCGCAGUCCCUGCUGCGGGCGCUGUUCAAGCGCAAUCCACAGAACCGGCUGGGCGCUGGCUCGCAGGGCAUUCUGGACAUCAAGGCCCAUUGUUUCUUUGCGACCAUCGAUUGGGUGCGACUGGAGCGGAAGCAGGUGCGUCCGCCCUUCAUUCCUGCCGUCAGUCGGGACGAUGCCUUCUACUUCGAUGUGGAGUACACGUCAAAGUCGCCGCGGGACUCACCCGGGGGACCCAUCUCGGCCUCGGCCCACGAGAUCUUUCGCGGCUUUAGCUUUGUGGCGCCCGUGCUGCUGGAGGCACGCGGCACGCCCAACUCGCACACCUGUUCGAGCUGCGCCAGUCCGCUGUACGCGACAGCCACAGGAAUUGGCAUGGGCAUGGGCUCGGCUGGAACGCUGGCGAGUGCCACCUCCUCCUCCUCGCUGACAACCACGAUGACAACGGGCGCAGCGCCGCGUAGCCUGCCGGGCGUGCUGCCGGGCAACUUCCAUGCGGAAUACAAUCUGCUGCAGGAGCUGGGACGCGGCACCUUCUCCGUGUGCCGACUGUGCGAGCAUCGCGCCUCCAAGAAGCAUUACGCGGUGAAGAUUAUCGAGAAGGCGGCGGUGGCAGCCGCCUCGGCCGCCUCCACGUCCGCCGAUUGCUGGGAGGAGGUGGAAAUAAUGCUGCGCUAUGGCAACCAUCCGAAUAUUGUCACCCUCUACUCGGUGUACGAGGAUGCGAGCUCCGCCUACCUCGUGAUGGAGCUGCUCAAGGGCGGGGAGCUGCUCGAUCGCAUCCUAGCCGUCGGCCAGAUGUGCGAGAGCGAGGCCAGUGCUGUGCUGCGCACCAUCUCAUCGGCGGUGGCCUACCUGCACGAGCAUGGGGUCGUCCAUCGGGAUCUCAAGCCCUCGAAUAUGAUUUACGCCAGCAUGCGGCAGACACCGGAGACCCUCAAGCUCUGCGAUUUAGGCUUCGCCAAGCAGCUGCGAGCGGACAAUGGGCUGCUGAUGACGCCCUGCUACACGGCAAACUUUGUCGCUCCCGAGGUGCUCAAGCGGCAGGGCUACGAUCUGGCCUGUGACAUUUGGUCGCUGGGUGUGCUGCUCUACAUAAUGCUGUCGGGCCGCACGCCAUUUGCCAGCACGCCCAACGACUCGCCGGAGGUGAUACUGAAGCGGAUUGGCUCCGGGCACAUUGACUUCAGCAGCAGCCGCUGGGCGUUGAUCAGUGCGCCGGUGAAGGAGCUGCUGCGCCAGAUGCUGCACAUAGUGCCGGAGAAUCGACCGACAGUGGCGCAGAUCCUGGAGCACAGCUGGGUGCGGGAUCAGUUUGCGGGCAGUGUGGAGCUGACGGAGUAUGCCACCACGGCACUGCCACAACUGUCGCUCGGGGCACAGCAGCAGCAGCAGAAUCACAUUUCGAUGGCGUUGCGCGGCGCUGUGGAUGCGACAUUCCGGGCCAUUGCCAUACCGCAGGCGGCCAAUGUGGGCCCCGUGGAGCUGUCGAUGCUGGCCAAAAGACGCGCCAAGGAUCGUGCCAAUUUGCAUUCCUAAUCCUGGGCCGCAUCGUGGUGCCCACGACGACAGGCCAAGAGGCAGCUAAUACGUUUAGUCUUCACCAUUUAUAGUAUUUUGAUCCAUUGCUGUGCACUUCCACGUCGCCUGGGCAACGGGAAUGACAAUGCGCAUCGGAAUGGGCAUAGCAAUUGGAGUUUAAAUGGAAAUAAGCAUGGGAAUGGCUAUGCCCACGGGUAUGCCAUAAAUCAACGUCAACGGUGUCGCAGCGCCAAGCUGCGGCUGGUCUAGAGACUCGAAAAGUAUUUUGACUAAAAGUGUUAAUUAUUUAUUUAAUAUAAAUGUAACUACAAAUUAUAUAUAUAAAGGAAAAACCGAUCAUGAACGAGGUUGGAAGGUUGCAACUGCUGUGCCAAUGGCUUCUUAAAGUGUAACUACCUGCAGCGCUAUAAUUAAACUACAUAUUGUACAUAUGUACAAUGUAACUCUGUUUACAUAACAAAACCCCUCCCCACACACACACACGCACACACGCACCGACGCCUAAGAAAAGCCUAAAACAUAUUUGUAACUAAAUUAAUCGUAGCUAAAUUUUUCCAACAUCACCAUGUUACUGUUGUUUAAAUAAUUAAUUAAAAAUGAAAACAAAAAUCCAAACA